UCGUUUGAGUUGACGACUGUACCACCAGACCGGCCCAGAUUGGUACACACAUCAUUCAAUAAUGAUGGCACCACCAUACACAAAUAAGAGGGGUACAGAUUGCAAAGGAUUUGGGGGUUAGCAUUCCAUGUAUGCCGAACACUUUCAGGCAUUUCACCCCCGUUUAGGAGUCAUUUGAGUUAUUUGUGAUGGUUGGAAGAUUUAAUGUUCUAUCUUCAAAUGGCGUUAUUUCUAAAGAAAAUGAACGAAAAGCUUCAACAGUAGAUAUCUGAAAUCAUUUGAUUAUUUUUCGACUGUUUAGGACCGAGCCCAGCAUUACAGAGCGUAAUUUACUGUGUGUAGGCAUCGUCCAUUUCCGCUGCGACCUUAAAAUUCGUUCAAAUGUUCAAUGCAACCUCCAGCAGCAGCGCUUACGCGACAACAUCGAAUUGUUUGACAGAGCAGCCAGGAGUGUCGUGUCUGUCGCAUUCGCAUCAUUGCUAGAGCGCCACCUAACCACGGAAAAGUGAACUGUCACGAUUACAUCGGUGCAUACGUUUAUUUAUUUUCUGUUCCUUUUUCUGUUGUUGCAAAACCCCGCCGCGAAUCGACGAAAGUGUGCGAUAAUUCUGCCGGGGCUCUGCAAAGUUAAAUUCGUAAUCUCACCGCACACGAGGCUGCUGCUGCGCUGCAUCUAGUAGGUGUUUGGUGUUUCGUUAGUGAUUCUACUGGUUGGCCCGCAAAAUCAUGGAAAAGGUGCGCUCAUAAUUGAUAAGGUUCAACUAGAGAGUUCAACAGCGGCUCGAAGAACGAGUUCCCCACGGUCAAUUGGUAAUUUGCCUCGCUGGUCGCAACCUCGCCACGAUGGUCGAAUCGUUCGGUCGUCUGCUGUUGAUGCGUUUGUUGCUCGGUUUCUUGGGCGGCCUGCUGACGGCCACGCUGAUCGUAGCGCUCAUGGCACGGCAAGGCAUUGCCCCGUUCGAGCCGGAACCGUCUUCACCGGUGCUGCCGCAAGCUCGCAUCAGCGUAGGCUGGGACGACUUCCCUCCGCUAAAGAAUGACAAUCUGCUGCGUGCGGCCCGGGGCGAACCGGUCGACCGUGUGCCGGUGUGGGUGAUGCGCCAAGCCGGUCGCUACCUGCCCGAGUUCCAGGAGGUGCGCGCGAAGCAUGACUUUUUCACCGUCUGCCGAACGCCGGAGCUGGCCUGCGAAGUGACGAUGCAGCCGUUGCGCCGGUUCGACCUGGACGCGUCGAUCAUCUUUUCCGACAUACUGGUCAUUCCGCAGGCGCUGGGUAUCACGGUGGAAAUGAAGCCGGGCGUCGGCCCCGUGCUGCCCGAACCGCUCGUCGGCCCGGCCGAUCUCGACCGGCUCAAUCAGACCGGCACGAUCGAGCGGCUAAAGUACGUCGGCGAGGCGAUAACGAUGAUGCGCCGCAUGCUCGAGGGCAAGGUGCCGCUGUUCGGCUUUACCGGCGCACCCUGGACCCUGAUGGGCUACAUGAUCGAGGGCGGAGGCAGCAAGACGAUGUCCAAGGCAAAGGGCUGGCUGGCGGACCAUCCGGAGGCAAGCCAGAAGCUGCUGGACAUUCUCACCGACCAGGUGGUGGACUAUCUCGUGAUGCAGGUGAAGGCCGGCGCCCAGAUGCUGCAGGUGUUCGAAUCCAGUGCGGACCACCUGAGCAAGGAGCAGUUUCUUUCCGUCUCGCUGCCCUGUCUGAAGCGCAUCCGGGUGGAUUUGCUCCGCAAGUUGGCCGACGAGGGCGUUCCAGCUGUGCCGAUGGUGCUGUUUGCUAAGGGCGCUAUGCACUCACUGGAGGAGAUGGCGCAAACCGGGUACGAGGUGCUCGGACUGGACUGGACGAUCGAUCCGGAGGAGGCACGCAAGCGGGUCGGCCCGAACGUGACGCUGCAGGGCAACCUGGACCCGCAAGACAUGUACAAACCGCCGGAAGAGCUGCGCGAGCUGGUGCUGACGAUGGUGCGCAAGUUUGGCAAACAUCGGUACAUCGCCAACCUGGGCCACGGCAUUACCCCGCAGACACCGAUCGAAAGCAUGUCCGUGCUGGUACAGGCAGUGCACGAUGCGUUGUGAUAGGUGCCCAAACCGUUAACGCCUCCUGUCCCCAAACAGUGUCCCUUUGCGACCCAGUUGCUGUGGCGUACCAUUUCGAAAAUGGUGCAUCGCGUAGAAACAAAACCAUUUUGUUUUGAUAAAUAUUUGCAUUUAAUUAGCUUCCAAA